AUGCGCAGAGCGAGGCAGGGAGGCGGCGGGUGCGGGCUCUCCGCGGCUGCGCCGCGUGCUGGCGGCGCCUCGGUCCCGGCCCGCGCCCGCGGCGCCCCCGCUGCGGCCGGAGCGGCCUGGCUGCGGGAUCUCUGCGCUGCGAUGGCGGGGCAGCCCCGGCAGCACCCGGCCUGGGCGCCGCUGCUCCUGCUCCUGCUGCUGGCGGGGAUCGCUGCCUGCAAUGCCAGUCCCGCGGACGACGGCGCGGGCCCCGGAGGCCGGGGACCCCGGGGACGCGCGCGAGGGGACGCGGGUGCCGACGAGGCAGUGCCGCGCCACGACUCCUCCUACGGCACCUUCGCGGGCGAGUUCUACGACCUGCGCUACCUGUCAGAGGAGGGCUACCCUUUCCCCACUGCUCCUCCCGUGGACCCAUUUGCAAAAAUCAAAGUGGAAGACUGCGGAAGAACUAAAGGAUGCUUUAGAUACGGCAAGCCGGGCUGUAAUGCAGAGACCUGUGACUACUUCCUUAGCUACCGGAUGAUAGGGGCUGAUGUGGAGUUCGAGCUGAGUGCAGACACGGAUGGUUGGGUGGCAGUUGGAUUCUCUUCAGACAAAAAGAUGGGUGGUGAUGAUGUCAUGGCCUGUGUCCAUGAUGACAAUGGCAGAGUUCGUAUACAGCACUUCUACAAUGUGGGACAGUGGGCAAAGGAGGUUCAGAGAAACCCUGCCAGAGACGAAGAAGGAGUUUUUGAGAAUAAUCGUGUCACCUGCAGGUUUAAGCGGCCUGUGAAUGUUCCCAGAGAUGAAACGAUUGUGGACCUGCACUUGAGUUGGUAUUACCUGUUUGCUUGGGGUCCAGCCAUUCAGGGCUCCAUCACCCGACACGACAUAGACUCCCCACCCACUUCAGAGCGAGUAGUCAGUAUUUACAAGUACGAAGACAUCUUCAUGCCAUCGGCUGCCUACCAGACCUUCUCCUCUCCGUUUUGUUUGCUUCUCAUUGUCGCCCUGACCUUCUACUUGCUGAUGGGAACCCCUUAGCCACAGCUGCAAGGCCAACAGACUAGAUGGAGUGGAAAGCCUUUGGUAUCUAUUUUUCAAUAAUCGCCUGUAUCAUUUUAGCUUCUAUUAUUUAAAAACAAGUCAUGAUUUCACAUUUUUUUUGGGGAAAAAAAGAACAAGCUUUUCUCCUAGUCAAACAGGAUUGUCAAGGCAACCUUGCUUUCGGGAAGUACUUAAAACGUUUGCAAACGCUUCAGAUGUUUUCUAUUUGAGCUUUACAAUAUCUGUGCAUUGGCUUGGUAAAACUGAGAGAGUCAUGAUACCGUUUGGGAUCUAAACCUAGACAAAGGCUGCCUUUUGGCCUACAUGUCUCACAUCCUUGGCUAACAUGAUCAGAUAACACAUAAGUAAAGAAAGAGCGAGAUGUGGAAAGCUAUCUUUAUUUUGAGUAGUUCUGGAAGGUUACUUUGCAUGUUGCCGUGAAGAACUUUACAGGAUGUCACAAGUGCAUCAUCAGCCUCUUGAGAGCCACAUUUCUGUGGAGCCUAAAUGCUUUUAGAUAGUCACACAGGUGAUGGGGAGUAUGGAAGAGACUAUAGUGGUAAGCAAGUGGUUUGUGUUAAUCUAAAGUAUCUUCUCAAUUAGCAAGUAGUUAUGAGGAAAUAGUUUUUUUAAAAAAAUAUUGCUGUU